AUGAACCAGAUCCUGGUCCCAACAAGCCCGAUCCUGGUCCCAAUGAACCAGAUCCUGCCUGCGCAUGAGCUUGACGAUAUCAAAGUCGAGCAUCAUCCUCACAGCCAAAUUCCUUCUACUGUGCAUCGCUUCUCUGAGUUCUCUCGCAGCUGCCCAACAGAAGACUAUGUACCUCGUAACGACUCGCCAUGGGAGCCAUUCUGCACACGGCUUGAUUUCGAAGUAGCAGAGAUUGCACUCGAAGCUGCGAUGACAAAGGAUCAAACCAAUCGCCUUAUCAAUCUCAUACAUCGAUCUGCUAGUGGCAAUGACACAUUCACACUGCAAAAUCAUGAUGAAGUCCGCUCCCUCUGGGACCUUGCUUUGCAACAUUAUACUAGAUUUCAGAAUGAUGCAGUGUCUGUUCCCCUCAGAAAUGAAGUGCUCGAAUUCGACAUGCACUACCGCCCUCUCUGGGAUUGGGUCCUUGACUUGUUGCGAGACAAACGUCUCGCACCUCAUUUUGUAUUUGAUGCUCAAUGUCUCUCGAAAUUCAACGGAGAAAGAUUUGUACGUUUUAUUGAUGAACCAUGGACUGCCGAUGUGUUUUGGAAGGCACAAUCGCAGCUUCCGCCCAAUGCAAAACCACUGGCAUUCAUCCUCUAUGCGGACAAGAGUAAACUAUCGUCAUUUGGGAGCCAAAAAGGCUAUCCAAUCAUUGCGCGCAUCGCUAACCUACCGGUUCAUAUUCGUAACAGUAAUACUGCCCUAGGAGGUGGUCGUGUCGUUGGCUGGCUGCCCAUUAUUGUUGAGGAUCAAGAACAUGCGAAAAAGAAGAACUAUGUAGACUUUAAAAAUGCUGUCUGGCAUACAUCCUUCUACCAGCUUCUGGCCUCGGCUAUUGGUUUGAAUGCAGGAGACGGAAUCCGACGUCAUCUCUGGCCCCUCAUUAUAAUCUUAAGUGUCGAUUACGAAGAACAGGAAAAUUUCCAGUGUCCAACGAGCAGUCCAUUCUCCGCUACCCAUGAGCUGCACACAAGCCACCAAUCUGAAGACAUACUCCGCACUGCAAGAUCAAAGCCGUCUGAGAAGGAAAAAGAGGAUCAUCUAAAGGCUUUCUCGCUUCGAAACAUUGAGAAUGUCUUCUCGAGAAUCCUUCAUGUCGAUGUUCAUCGUGCACUUUCUUUCGACCGCCUGCAUACAAACAAGGAAGGAUUAUGGGGUGACCAUUUGUGGAAGGAAGUAAAGUUUUGGAUUUUGGACCUCGGGCGUGAAGCGGCUGUCAAACUCGAUAAAAAGUUUAUGAUCAUUUUUGCGGCACAGGAUAUCCUUACUUCAUCCCACUGUAAACUGGGACAGUUACUUCUUCGUUGCAUUCACUACUACGUCGAGUUUGAUAUUUAUGUCUCAUUAGAAGUACAUACAGAGGAUACAAUCGCAGCUGGAAGGCUGGCACUGCAAAAGUUCUCAGAAAUGAUGGAUGAAUAUAUUGCACAAUCGCACCCUGAAACCAACAAAAAUUGGAACUUUCCAAAGAAACACUUGGUCUCGCAUGCAUUCGACGAUAUUCUAGCCAAAGGUGUGACACAUAACUACAGUACCAAGCCAAAUGAAAAGAUGCAUGGCUCUUUACAAAAAAUCUAUCUUCAACGCACAAAUUUCAAGAAUGUUGCUUCUCAGAUUCUACACUAUGAUGAAUGGCUUCUAACUUCGACAUCCAUGUGCUCUGAACUCGACGAACUUGACAAGUACAAUCAACGAGACACCUGUGACCCUGAGACCAACGAAGUACUGGAUGACUCCGACGCUGGAACAUCUAAAUCUACUACUAUUCACGCACAUUUAGGUUCAAGGCAGGGUAAUAACUCUUUUUCCGACAUCAUGCACUUGCAUGGAACUGACAGGGCCUUCACCAACUUUCGGAUGAAGCUAAACGACUUCUUAAAUGGCUUCCUGCCACAGAAUAACAUUCCAUUACCAGAUGGAAGGUGCAUUCACAUGCAAGCAGAGGAUACAUUCUAUGGAUCGCCGAGAUAUGACUGCGUCAUCGUGAACACUGCAAACACACCAUUCUUCGCUCGCCUCAUAUACAUGUUCACUUGUUUGGUUGGCGGCACUGAAUUCCCUCUCGCACUUAUUCAGCCAUAUGACGUCGGUAUUGCUAAUAGUCGUCGGAGGCGGGAUAAUGAUAUGGGAUUGUGGCGCAUGCGAGCCAAACCUCGCUCUUCUUCUGAAAUCAUUUCGGUUCGGUCAAUCGUUCGGGGAGCUGCUCUCACCAGAAAUCCCGAAACAGAUGGGGAUUACUUCGUCAUCCACACUGUGGACACUGACAUGUUCCUUCGAGUCAAGGCACUCCAGGCUAGCGCUCAACCAUUGUGA